AUGUCUCUUAGGAGUGGGAAAACAUUAGCAGAGACCAAGGCUAAACCAAGGGAUGAAAAGGAAAUCAGCUCAACUAAGAUAGCUGAAGAACAAAAAAUUGGAGAAUCUAUACCUAAGGAGAAUGUUAGCAACAAAGAGGUUGAUAAGAAGAAGUUGUAUGUGAACAUCCCUUUCAUGGAGGUGCUCACACAGAUGCCUGCCUAUGCAAAAUUUCUGAAGGAAAUCCUUUCAAGCAAAAGGAAGCUCGAGGAAAUGAAAGUGGUCAAACUCAAUGCCCACUGCAGUGCCAUUCUACAAAAUAAAAUUCCUAAGAAGUGUGGGGAUCCUGGCAGUUUCACUAUACCCUACUCGUUGGGUAGCAAAAAUUUGUGCGAUUCAGGUGCAUCCAUUAACUUGAUGCCAUUAUCAGUGUUCAAGAAAUUGGAAGGAGAGCUAGGAGUGAUCAAAUCUGUCCCAGUAUUCUUGCAACUGAAAGAUUAA